AUCCCCUCUGCUUGCCAAAGUCUUUGUCUCCGGAUGAACAGCGAUGGGGGAAUGGACUAUUCUAGAGAGGCUACUGGAAGCUGCCGUGCAGCAGCACUCUACUAUGAUAGGGAGGAUCCUGCUGACCGUGGUGGUGAUCUUCAGGAUCCUCAUUGUGGCCAUUGUAGGGGAGACGGUGUACGAUGACGAGCAGACUAUGUUUGUCUGUAAUACGCUGCAGCCAGGCUGCAAUCAGGCUUGUUACGACCAGGCUUUCCCUAUUUCUCACAUAAGGUACUGGGUGUUCCAGAUCAUCAUGGUGUGCACUCCCAGCCUGUGCUUCAUAACGUACUCUGUUCACCAGUCUGCUAAGCAGAGGGAACGGAGGUACUCCACUGUCUUCCUCACCUUGGAGAGAGACCAGGAUUCAAUGAAGCGUGAGGAUAGUAAGAAAAUCAAGAACACAAUUGUCAAUGGGGUGCUGCAGAACACUGAGAACUCCACCAAAGAGGCAGAACCAGACUGCUUAGAAGUGAAAGAGAUCCCCAAUCCUGCAAUCAGAACUACAAAAUCAAAGAUGAGGAGGCAAGAAGGCAUUUCUCGAUUUUACAUCAUCCAAGUGGUCUUUCGAAAUGCCCUAGAGAUUGGAUUCUUAGUGGGGCAGUAUUUUCUGUAUGGAUUCAAUGUCCCUUCCAUGUACGAAUGUGACAGAUACCCUUGCAUUAAAGAAGUAGAGUGCUAUGUCUCUAGACCCACUGAGAAGACUGUGUUCUUGGUAUUCAUGUUUGCUGUCAGUGGCAUUUGUGUGGUGCUCAAUUUGGCAGAACUGAACCACUUGGGCUGGAGAAAGAUCAAAAUGGCAGUGAGAGGAGUACAGGCAAAAAGGAAAUCCAUAUACGAAAUCAGAAAUAAGGAUCUGCCAAGAAUGAGCAUGCCUAACUUUGGCAGGACUCAGUCAAGUGACUCAGCUUAUGUGUGAGGCUGUGACAGAACUGAAACUUGGUGCCAGGUGGAACAGACCCAGACACCAUUAGUGAAAGGUACAUUGCUUAGGCAAGCAUUUUAUCAAACCACCAAGAAAGCCAUUAAGGUAUUGGAUCUGCACUUACUGAACUAGCUGCAAAACUGCAGUGCUAUGUAAAAGACUGAAAGCAAAACAAAACAAAACAGCUAUAAAACCAUGGUUGAUCUAGCCUUACAGCUACUAUUAUCACUAAUUUUGUUUCUAAAGAUUGGAUGCUAUCUGUUGGUGGAGCAGCUUUUUGGUCAUCUUUAGGAUGAGUUUACAGUUUGGACUGUCUGAUAAAUCUUUGUAAACAUGUAGAAUGUUCAUAUUAAAAAUCU